GGGAAAGGUGGGGGCAAUCAUGGUGCCGCUGGGGAGGGGAGAAGCUGCUGCUGCCGCCGUUGCCGGGAGCCGCGGAGAAAGGUCAUCGCAUUUCCAUUUCUCACAAUUGGGCUGAGCAUAGUUGCACCAUGGGGGAACACAGUCCAGACGACAACAUCAUCUUCUUUGAGGCAGAGGAAGAUGACAAGAUGCUCAGGUUUGUGGAUACAAACGGACUGGUGCCUUCCUCAUCUGGAACUGUUUAUGAUAGGACCACCGUCCUUAUCGAGCAGGACGCUGGCGCUUUGGAGGAUGAAGAUGAUGACGGACAGUGUGGCGAGCACUUGCCUUUCCUAGUUGGGGGUGAAGAGGGCUUCCACCUAAUAGACCAGGAAGCAAUGUCCCAGGGUUAUGUGCAACACAUUAUCUCACCUGAUCAGAUUCACUUGACUAUAAACCCUGGUUCCACACCCAUGCCAAGAAAUAUUGAAGGUGCAACUCUUACUCUGCAGUCGGAAUGUCCAGAAACAAAACGUAAAGAAGUAAAGCGGUACCAGUGCACCUUUGAGGGCUGUCCCCGAACCUACAGCACAGCAGGCAACCUGCGCACCCACCAGAAGACUCACAGAGGAGAGUACACGUUCGUCUGUAACCAGGAGGGCUGUGGCAAGGCCUUCCUCACCUCCUACAGCCUCAGGAUCCAUGUGCGAGUACACACGAAAGAGAAGCCCUUUGAGUGCGAUGUGCAGGGCUGUGAAAAGGCAUUCAACACGCUGUACAGACUGAAAGCACAUCAGAGGCUUCACACAGGGAAGACGUUUAACUGUGAAUCUGAAGGCUGCAGCAAAUACUUCACCACACUCAGUGAUCUGAGGAAGCACAUUCGAACCCACACAGGAGAAAAGCCAUUUCGCUGUGAUCAUGAUGGCUGUGGAAAAGCAUUUGCAGCGAGCCACCACCUUAAAACUCACGUCCGCACACAUACUGGUGAAAGACCCUUCUUCUGCCCCAGCAACGGCUGUGAGAAAACAUUCAGCACUCAGUACAGUCUCAAAAGUCACAUGAAAGGUCACGAUAACAAGGGACACUCAUACAGUGCACUUCCACAACACAAUGGAUCAGAGGAUACGAAUCACUCACUUUAUCUGAGUGACUUGCACCUCCUGUCCACAGACUCUGAAUUGGGAGAAAAUUCCAAUACAACCCAGGGCCAGGACCUCAGCACAAUUUCACCAGCAAUCAUCUUUGAAUCAAUGUUCCAGGAUUCAGAUGAUACAGCAAUUCAGGAAGACCCUCAGCAGACAGCUGCCUUGAUUGAAAGUUUUAAUGGUGAUGCAGAGUCAGUCAGUGAUGUCCCGCCACCCCCAGGAAAUUCAGCAUCUUUAUCUCUCCCGCUUGUACUGCAGCCUGGCAUCUCCAAGCCACCCCAGCCUCUGCUGCCAGCCUCAGCUCUGCCUGCUCCUCCGCCUGCUCCCUCCCUAGGACCUGGUUCCCAGCGAGCUGCAUUUGGCAACCCCCCUGCUCUCUUACAACCUCCGGAAGUGCCUGUUCUCCACAGCACGCAGUUUGCUGCUAAUCAUCAAGAGUUUCUUCCGCACCCCCAGGCACCACAGCCCAUUGCACCAGGACUUUCUGUUGUGGCUGGGGCUUCUGCGUCAGCAGCAGCGGUGGCAUCGGCCGUGGCAGCACCAGCCCCACCACAAAGUACUACUGAGCCCCUGCCAGCCAUGGUCCAGACUCUGCCGCUGGGUGCCAACUCUGUCCUAACUAACAGUCCCACCAUAACCAUCACCCCCACUCCCAACACGGCUAUCCUGGGGUCCAGCCUGGUCAUGGGAGAGCAGAACUUACAGUGGAUAUUAAAUGGUGCCACCAGUUCACCACAAAACCAAGAACAAACUCAGCAAGCAUCGAAAGUUGAGAAGGUGUUUUUUACCACUGCAGUACCAGUAGCCAGUAGCACAGGGAGUUCUGUCCAGCAGAUUGGCCUCAGUGUUCCUGUGAUCAUCAUCAAACAAGAGGAGGCAUGUCAGUGUCAGUGUGCGUGCCGGGACUCUGCCAAGUAGUGGGCAGCUGGUGGAGAAAGGGCUGUUCUUCCCCACCCCUCCAGAGCCAAGCCCUCCACCUGCUGAUGGGCCCAGCCUGCAGCUAUCACCCUAGACUUUGUCCUCACCCCAGUCCCUUGUCAUCAUCCUCCCCUGGACCCUCUUCCUGUGGGCAAAGCAGAUAGGCCGAGGCUCCAUCAGACCCUCAGAUGGAAAUGUUAAGUGCCAUGGAUGUGUCUGAGCUCCUGCCCUCCAGAGCCUGGACACCUAGUCCUGAUUCCCACUGAAGCACUGCUGCAGGGUAGGAGGAGAUGGGCCCAAGGCAGUGCACAUGCUGUCUGCAGGAAGAGGGCAAGCAGGAAGCAGGAGGCGUGAUAUCUACCAUCAUGGGGUCAGAAAUUGGAAGGAUGAAGAAAUCUGCUGUUUGAAAGCCUCAUCUUUCAGACGUAUUUUCUUUAUUCACAUCCCAGGAACAUCCAUUUUAAGGAACUGAUCUUUGGAAAAAAAAAACAAAAAACAAAAAAAAGCUAAGUUAUAAACGAACUGUUUGGCUGCACUGUAUGUCACUUUCGCUUAAUGUCAUAUGAAUUUGGAAAUUAAGGUUACUCGUAUGCAUAAAAGUUCUGACUGAAAGGGUGUGGUUGCCAUCAAUCUAGUACUGCCCAUCACUUGCACUGGAUUCUUUGUAGAUUGGGUAGCAGGUCAGUGUGUCGCGCUCCUCCCUGUGUGUCUUUUUAAUCUGAGGCUCACUCUUGCCCAAAGUCCAGGCUCUCACUCCAUCAAAGUGGGCAUUGGUGAGGGCAGGUGAGACAGGUGUGAGUUGGACAGGGUCUAGGUGAGAUGGCUUUGUUUUUUGCACUUGGUGUUGGAUCUGCAGGCUGUCCUGUAGCCCACUGUGCGUAGACUUUUGGCAGCCUCAGAGCUCAGAGCCACAAUCUGGUUGUGUGGGUACCAUAGACAGGUUGUUGACUGCUGUGUGUUGACAGUGUGUGUGCAGAGCAGGCUGUAGCAUGGUGGUGAGCCUUUAGAGGUUUCAGUGACCGCGAACAGCCGCUGCAGCAUGUGUGCAUAGGGGCAACGCCACUGCUUCAGCAGCACAGUCACAGCCUUUGCCUCUGGUUCUUUCCACCUCUCAGUGCUUGCUGGAGCUUGCAGGUCACAGUGCAUUUUCCUUGAGGAACAUCCGUUUGGUCUUAGCAUGAAUGUGUGGUUUAGGGCUAGCUGCCAGUCGCUGGUCUGCCUUACUUUGCAUUAUGUUUUCUUCUUCAGAACAGAAGGGCUACAUCUUGCUUCUUAGUAGAAGGUGCAGAUUGAGUUGGCAGGCCAGGUGUUCCGGUUCUAGGUUCUGGCCAGGCUUUUGGUUGCCCUUUUCCAUUUCUGCUCCUCCUCUGGGUUUUGCAUACAGUCCAGUACAGUGCAAACAAGAAUGUGACUUGCUCAGCUUAGUCAUGUGAUUUCUAAAUAAAAAGGAAAAACAAAAAACAAACAAACAAACAAAAAAACCACGAUGAUCUACUCAGGGUAAAACAAAAAAUUCCCCUUCCACCAAAAAGCCUGAAAUGUUGCAAUAAGUUGUCUCAUUUGAAAUGUUUCAUUAAGUUUUGUUAUAGGAAAAUGUGUGUGUGUGUAUAUGUGUGUGUGUGUGUGUGUGUGUGUGUAGAAUUAUAUCCAUCUGUCUGCCUUUGGCUCCAAGUCAUUGCCUCUUAAAACAUAAAAUGCAGUGCACACUAGAGUGGAAAGUUUCUCUCACCUGGCUGUUUAGUGUAGUCAUGAGUGCUCACCAAGCUCAGAAACUAGGCAUGGCUGAGUGUGGGACAGCCUCUGUCUCCCAAGAACUCUUUCCCUGCCUCCAGCAAGGAGCUGGUUUCUAUAAACAGGGCAGUGAGAGCCAGCCAGGGACAGCUCUGCACUGACCACUGUCCUGCUUAGAGCUUACCUUGGAGCCCGAGACCCUGCCCUUAGCAAGGACAUAGGGGACAAGCUUGGACACGAGGGUAGUUUUGGUAAUGCUGUUACUUCCAUGAGGAGAAACAGGCUUACAGGUGAGCAGCAGAUUUCUCAUUCCAUAAGUUUAGACAGGAGAAUUGAUUUCUUUUUAAACUUCUUUUUAAACUUCUGUACUCUUUAUCCCUAAAGGCUGGUAAUUAUUGGCAACCACUGACCUCAGCAGAAGUUGGUAAGGCAGGAGGAGUCUUCUCCUGCCACAGCAGGCCAGUCCUCCCAGGAAACCAAAUGCACGUGGAGGUUGUCUGGAUGUCUCUAGGCCUUACACCAAUAGGAAGCUUUGAACCUGGAUGCAAAAGCAUGGAUGGGACCCGAAAGUUAGCUUGUGUUAGAUGGUAGUUAUGGCCCCUGCACGCACUAGUGGCCUGUGCCUCUGGUUCCUGGGGCAUGAGGUCGAAAGUAGGGGCCCAGAGGACAGGCAAAGCAUUUGUGGUUUAAAUGCUGCGGCUUGCCUAGCUAGGGCUGUCCUUAGGUUGAGCCCUGCCAAGGUCACUCUCCACAGAUCAGGGGUGGUGAAGAUGCAUCUUUAAAAAAAAAAGUAUUUAGACUAAGAUUCCUCUAAUUGAAGAAGUUGAAGUAUCUGCCUUUUGUGGGUGGUUUGGAUUACAAGACUCAGAUCUGAUCACUUUGGAUAAAUCAGGAAUGUGCUUCAGAUGCGUAUGCCUUGCAGGUUUAUUCCACAGGGUAGGCAGACCUUCCUUCCAUCCCUUCCCAUCAUCCCUCCCUUCCCAUUCUGUCCCACAGCCCUGGCUUCCAGUAUCAAGGACCUCAGCUAAAAGAGGUCUUAAGACUACACUGGGAGUAGAAAGAACCUUCAUGAAAAGUGUGGUUUCCCAAAUCUGGAGAUGAACACUGGGUAAUUCGAGCAGGUAGAAUCAAGCCUAUUUUCCCUAUGGUAACCAUAACCAUUCUCACCGUAUAGGCCUAUACUUUGGUUCUCUCUAGCAUCUGCAGUUAGACUGCCCCUUCUGGGGUGCUAGUCAGCACCAAGGAGAGGAGUUGAUGAACUCAGGAGGCAGUAAGAAAACCAGCAGGUGCCACCAGAUUGCCUGCAUGAACUUGGCCCUUCCCAGGUAGGCGGGUGGGGCAUUGAGGGGAAUGGCUCAGUCUUUCCUGAUGGGGUCUGGCCAGUCCCAAGAGCCUCCCCAGUCAAGGAGAUCAUGCUAUAGGUCUUGAGAGGUGAUGCCCUCUCUGGGUAGAAGGGCAGGGGCUGUUCAUGACCACCUCUGGGAGAGUCUGUAGACUGGAGAGUCACUUUCAGGUUCAAGACAGUGGACUGAUGGGGAUAAUGGAGGGUAGGUGGGUUUUCCUGAGAGACUGUAUAAUGUUGAAUGUGUCCAGAGGGACAAGUUUGCAGAACCUCAUAUUGGUAUAUUAAAGAAAUAAUAAAAUAAAAAGCACUUUAGGUUACUUUAUCUUUAACCCAAUUGCUGCAAUUUCUGUUGUGUGUAUAUAUAUAUACAUAUAUACAUAUACUUUCCACAAAGUUUUAUUUUUUGCUCAGAAUAAAAAAGUUAAACUGAGGUGUGAAAAGAAAGCACUUACCUUGGUGCAAUAUGUGUAGCGUGAUGGUCGUCGUCCCAUGUGGCCCUGGCCUGGUCGUGUUUUUCCCCUUGCUCAGCCUGUGCCAGGAGGCUCUGUAUAGGGAAACACUCUCAUCCUCAGCAACUGCUCAAUCUAUGCAAGCCUUCCUUGUGCCCCAGGGCGCCCCCUCAGGCUCUCGGGAGAACUGCUGUGGGUGGUGUUUUCUCCAGCUGACUGUUGAGGCCCUUGCCACAACUUCUUGGCCCCUUGCCAUCUUUCCCUCUUCACCAUUACAAAGUGAUGCCUGAAAGGAACAAGUUGUUCCUAGGUAGAAACCUGGCACCUUCUAGAUUUUUAUACUUGUAAUCACGUCCAUUGUCCUUUAAGACUUCUCCAGUGUCGCUGAAACCAUUGAUUUGUGGAACUACAACAAUACUGCUCAAGAGCUUACAAUUUUCUGAUAUACCAAUCAGAAACGUUUGGGGAGGGGUCAGGGCAACAUGAACCAUUUCUGCUCUGCUCUUCAUACCAUCUGGGUUGGUUCUGAGAAAUAAGGCUUCCAGCCUCCAUUAAAUCCAGUAAACAAAGCUACUAAUAAUCUUGUUUAUCAAUGUUCUUCCUUUUCCCUCGCCUCCUCCCAUUUACUCUUCAAUUUUCAGGCUCUAGUCUGCAGAAUGUUUAAAUACACUUCACUGAAGCAGAUUUCCGUAGAUGCAAUGUGCAAGUAGUUCUGCUGUAUCUACGGGCAGCUGUCCGUUCCUUAGCAGUUGAGGGUACAGGGUUGGCAAUAAAACCCAGAAAUGUGUAUUUCUGAUGGGUCAGUCUAGUUAGCCUGUUUGUUCUUGCAUAUUCUUGUGAGGGGGAGAGGGAAAGGGCCUUGUUUCGUCUCAUGCCCCUUGGGGAUGCUAAUGAUCAGUCGGGCAUUUCUCACUGUUAUUCUUGAUCAAGAGGGCUUCUCAGUCUGCAUUGAAAAAUGCAAAUUAAACUGGAUCUUUAUGUAAGCUGUACAUAGUACAAGCUUUUUUUUUUUUACUGGAAAUGAGGUUUAAAACCAUACACUACCCUUUUGGUGGUGUGCCCACUGGGCCAAAAAUUGGGUGAUAAUGUCACUUUGUCAGCUCAAUGCAGUUUCUACUUUUUCUUAUGGGAAAAUUUUUCAUAAAACCUUUUUUCACCAAAACCCAGGGGUGUUUUUUGCAAUAUCCUUGUUGUCCUUGUAGUGGUGCCAAGUCAGAGGCUUCUCUUGCCCUUUUCCUCUCAUGUUCUCAGGCCUCUCAAAGGCUGUUUGACUCUACAGUCUCCAUCUUUUGUUGGUUUUUAGAGAAGGGUGGGUAGAGUCAGAGUUCAAGGUGGCUGUUUCCUUUCCCUGUGAACUCCCCCUUGUUCCUUUCUGGAGUGUGGCUAUAAACAGUUUUUGUUCAGUCUCUAGUAGAAAUCUUCUAGCCAGGAAAGGCAAGUGCCCCCAGGAGCUUUUGACACACUAAUCAUUGGCUGGUAGUCUUGGUGAGUUUUUAAAUCCCAAAUAGUUUUAUUUGGAUUAUGUAAAAGUCUAUCAAAUUUAUUUAAGUGUGAAACAUGGGAACAACAGACUUCCACUGAGCGAUAUGAAAACGUUACAGGUUCAGUACUUCCAAAGGAAGAAACCUCCAAAUCCAAAAACAAUAAAUAUGAAUUUGUAUUUUUGAAGAAUGUGAAAUAAUAGUGUUUGCUUAAUUGCUCAUUUUGUAUAAACUUAAUAUUGUA